AGUACCCUAUCAUCAGCCAUCAUCACAUUCUGAAUUAUAUUCAUCAAUUCAAUGGCAUUAUACACAAAAAACGUUUCUUCUUAUUUCACAGGCAUUCCAUCAGCAUCAUCAUGGUUCGAGCUAUAUGCUGCCUUCUCCACCUUCAUGAUGCUUCUCAGAACAGCAAUCAACGACAUGGUUCCUCGUCAACUCCGUAACUUGAUCACCACAAAGCUCGAAUCUUUCUUCGCCAAGUUCCAGUCCGGCAACCAAGUCUCCCUCAAGAUCGACCGCAGUUGGGACAGAACCUCCGGCAAGAACCGCAACGAACUCUACCAUGCCGCACACGAAUACCUUCCUUCAAGGAUCAACAGAACCUACAAGACACUCAAAGUUGGCAAGCUUGAAGAUUGCAAGAACCUCGUGCUUGCCGUUGAUGGAAACCAUGAAGUUGUGGAUGAAUUUGAAGGAAGCAAGUUCACGUGGAUGCUCGAUGAGAAAACCGAGAAGGAUUCCUCCAAGCCCAAGUACACAUUCAUAUUGAGCUUCCAUGAGAAGCAGAGAGAGAAAGCCAUGGAGAGGUACAUACCUCAUGUGCUGAGAACCUACGAGGCCAUGAAAGCGGAGCAGAAGAUUGUUAAAAUCUACUCCAGGUCUUGUGAUUACUGGGAACAGAGUGAGUUAACUCACCCUGCUACUUUUGACACGCUUGCCUUGGAUCCUGAGUUGAAGACAUCCAUCAUUGAUGACUUGGAUCGGUUCUUGAGGAGGAAGGAGCUGUACAAGAGAGUCGGGAAGCCAUGGAAACGGGGAUACCUCUUGUACGGACCUCCAGGAACUGGGAAAUCUAGCUUGGUUGCGGCCAUUGCUAACUACUUGAAGUUCGAUGUGUAUGAUUUGGAGCUUAACUCUGUUUUCUCCAACUCGGAUCUCAUGAGAGCAAUUAGGAACACAUCAAACCGUUCCAUUAUUGUGAUUGAAGACAUUGAUUGUAACAAAGAGGUGCAGCCUCGAACAGCAACGGAAGGCCUUUCAAGUCCCCAAGAUUCAGAGUGUGACAAGGAGGGGUUGGGGAAGGGAAAGGGGUUUACACUCUCUGGUUUGCUGAACUACAUGGAUGGGUUGUGGUCAAGCUGUGGAGAAGAGAGGAUCAUGGUGUUCACCACAAACCACAAAGAGAGGAUUGAUGGGGCGUUGCUGAGGCCGGGUCGCAUGGACAUGCACAUCAACUUGUCAUUUCUUAAGGGUAAAGGCUUCAGAGUCUUGGCUUCCAAUUAUCUUGAACUUGAUGGCCAUCACCCUCUCUUUCACCAGAUCGAUGACUUGUUGGAAAAAACAGAGGUCACCCCUGCAGUUGUGGCUGAGCACCUUAUGAGAUACGAGGACCCUCAUCAUUCUUUGGAAGCAAUUGUCAAAUUCCUCACACAAAUGGACGCGCAGAAUCAACUGGACUUGCAAUUCACUACUACUACUACUACACAAUCAACUUAGCACCUUUCAUUAUCACCAAUGAGACAACAUUAAUAAAUCAUACUCGUUCUUUGCUUGUGUGGAUGUACAUGUUUUCCUUAAACCUGAAAAACCACUUCAUUGCCAAAAAUCUUGUGUAUCGUGAUAUUUAUCGUGAAUAAGUGGACGCUUUUGAAAUUGUUUUA